CUCACUAUGACAGGGCAGAGUCUGAAGGCUUUAUCUGAGGCAAAUUUUGAAGACAAUGAGAUCAGCAUCAACGUUGGAGGCUUUAAGAAAAAGAUGAGAUCCAACACACUGCUAAGGUUCCCCGAGACCAGACUGGGCAAACUGCUGAGCUGCCACUCGAAGGAGUCGAUCCUGGAGCUCUGCGAUGACUAUGAUGACACCAAGAACGAAUUUUAUUUUGACAGGAACCCUGAGCUCUUCCCUUAUGUGUUACAUUUUUAUAACACUGGCAAGCUCCAUGUGAUGGGUGAACUCUGUGUGUUUUCUUUCAGCCAGGAGAUUGAAUAUUGGGGAAUCAAUGAAUUCUUUAUAGACUCAUGCUGCAGUUACAGCUACCAUGGGAGGAAAAUGGAGCCAGACCAAGAGAAAUGGGAGGAACAAAGUGACCAGGAAAGUACCACAUCUUCUUUUGAUGAGAUUUUGGCAUUCUACAAUGAUGCCUCUAAGUUUGACAAACAACCCUUUGGAAACAUCAGGAGGCAGCUCUGGCUGGCUUUGGAUAAUCCUGGCUACUCAGUCUUAAGCCGAAUCUUCAGUGUCCUUUCAAUAGUGGUGGUGCUGGGCUCCAUCGUGACCAUGUGCCUGAACAGCCUCCCAGACUUUCAGAUUGUUGACAGCAACGGGACCCCCGAGGAGGACCCUCGCUUUGAAAUCGUGGAACACUUUGGUAUUGCAUGGUUCACUUUUGAACUGGUGGCGAGAUUUGCAGUAGCUCCUGACUUUUUAAAAUUUUUCAAGCAUGCCCUGAAUUUGAUUGACCUAAUGUCCAUCCUACCAUUUUAUAUUACCUUAAUUGUCAACUUGGUGGUGGAAAGUAGUCCAACCUUGGCAAAUUUAGGCAGGGUUGCACAAGUCCUGAGACUCAUGAGGAUCUUUCGCAUCUUAAAGCUUGCUAGACACUCAACAGGUCUCAGGUCUCUUGGAGCCACCCUGAAGUAUAGCUACAGAGAGGUAGGGCUUCUUUUACUUUACCUCUCUGUUGGCAUCUCAAUUUUCUCAGUCGUAGCUUACACCAUUGAAAAAGAAGAGAAUGAGGGGUUAGCCACCAUCCCUGCUUGUUGGUGGUGGGCUACAGUUAGCAUGACCACGGUUGGCUAUGGGGAUGUUGUGCCAGGGAGCACUGCUGGCAAGUUGACGGCAUCUGCAUGCAUCCUAGCCGGUAUCCUAGUGGUAGUGCUUCCCAUUACACUGAUCUUCAAUAAAUUCUCCCACUUCUACAGGCGUCAGAAGCAGUUAGAGAGUGCCAUGAGAAGCUGUGAUUUUGGUGAUGGCAUGAAAGAAGUUCCAUCGGUCAAUUUAAGGGACUACUAUGCUUAUAAAGUUAAAUCCCUUAUGGCCAGUCUUACCAAUAUGAGCAGGAGUACCCCCAGUGAGCUGAGCCUGAAUGAUUCACUGCAUUAG